AUGCUAACGGAUAUGACACCGACGGCCGGACAAUUGUACGGCUCACAAAUACCCGCUAUGGGCAUGAAUAUCGGUAAUAUCGCUACGCAUCUGCAGAAGCCGCAAGUUAAUCCGGAUCAUCCCAGUCUACGUGGCACACCACUCGCAAUGUUGGCGGCGCAAUGCAACAAAUUAUCUAGUAAAUCGCCUCCUCCUUUGGCCGACGCAGCUGUAGGCAAAGGUUUCCAUCCUUGGAAGAAAAGUCCUACAUCGCCGUCGAGCGGUGGUGGCAGUAGUGGCGCAUCGAGUGGCUCGCUUUCCGGCGUUGCUGGUGGUCAGCAUUCGCCCUGUACCAUCUCUUCCGCUUCGUCGUCCUCCGGUUCUGGCUCGUCGGCUAGCAGUUUAGGUUUGGGUGGCACUUCAUCUGCCACGUCAUCGCGUAGUCUGCCCUCAUCCAGCAUCAAUACAAUGGUCAACAUCACGGCUAGCAUUUAUCCUUACAGUCGUCCGAUUUCGUCGUCCUGUGCUGCAGUCAGCAAUCCCUCGGCUUACGGCAGCGAUCUUUACUUCCCGAAUACGAGCGGUGCCAGUGGCGGCAUGGUCGCUGAUAACCAUCAUAUGCAUCAGGGUCUGUUGGGUAAAGUGGAGGGCGCUACAUUCGGUUCGGUCUACUCACGUCAUCCAUAUGAUUGGCCAUUCAAUGCUGUUACGGCGUCCGCGCAUAAAGCCGCCGAGGCAGCUAGUGUUAACUCAGGCUGGUGGGAUAUGCAUAGUGCUGCAGGCAGCUGGCUAGAUAUGGGAGGCGCCGGCAUGCACUCAACAAUGGCAAAUUAUGCUACGGCAGCCGGUUCUGAUUACUCGUCCGCAUUGUCGCAUUCGCUCUCCAACACCGCUCAUCUUCUGGGCUCCGGACAACAUCUGCUGCAGGACACCUACAAGAGCAUGUUACCCGGUCAAGGUGUGGGUGGCUUCUCGCUGCCGCAUAGUUCGCCGUCGGCUGCUUCAACUGCAGCCUCGCCACAAGCAUCUACGCCAUCAACACCAUCGCCGCGUUCACAAAGACGCUAUGCCGGUCGUGCUACAUGCGAUUGUCCCAACUGUCAGGAAGCCGAACGGCUCGGCCCAGCUGGCGUGCACUUGCGCAAAAAGAACAUACACUCGUGCCACAUACCUGGUUGUGGUAAAGUGUACGGCAAGACUUCGCAUCUGAAGGCGCAUCUACGUUGGCACACCGGCGAGCGACCAUUUGUAUGUAAUUGGCUCUUCUGUGGCAAACGUUUCACACGCUCCGAUGAGUUACAACGACAUCUGCGCACACAUACGGGCGAAAAACGUUUCGCUUGUCCCAUCUGCAACAAGCGCUUCAUGCGCAGCGAUCACUUGGCUAAGCAUGUGAAGACACACAAUGCCACCGGUCAGGGCGGCAGCAUGAAGAAGGGUUCAUCGGAGUCGUGCAGCGAUUCGGAAGAGCCUGGUAAUCAGUCCGGCGAGUCGAAUGGACUAUCGUCUGGUAAUGGACAGCAAAGCGGUGGUGGCAGUCACCCGGGUACGCCCAAUUCACAUCAGUCAGGCGGUCCGGGAAAUACAACACCAACUGGUGGGCUGUUGGGUAGCAAUAUGCACCUCUCAUCAGCGCACAACAUGUCCGGUGGCUCGCCAGUAAUGCUGCACGCCCAACAACAACACCAUCAACAGCAGCAACAACAGGCGCAUGCGCAAGCGCAGGCACAGGCACAAGCACAGGCGCAACUGCAACACCAUCAACAACAGCAACAAGCACAUGCGCAUGCGCACUUGCAUCAUCACCACCAUCAUCAUUUGGUGGGCAAUUCGGCGCCCAGCCCUGGGCUAGAUCAUCACAGCACAUUGGUGGAUAUUAAGCCGCCGAUGGUUUGAGGGUCGUUGGGACCCUUUCUAUUUACCAACUGAGGUGAAAUCGAGAACGGGUCCUAUGAUGAACUACAUUCACAGCUGAUGAGUGGAGCGAAAGACGGACGAAUGUGGGAGCGAUGGGAUGUGUAAUGCGUGAGAGCGAUUGAGAAGUGGCAAGCGAGGGAACAGCGAAUUGAAAUACAAAACGAAUUGUAAAUAAUGCUUGUAACAAUGUGUUGUUGUAAAAUGUAAAACAAUCAAAAAUGCUUAACUAAAUGUACAACUA